UGUAGGCUACCAUAGCUCUACCAUCUAUAAUGGAUUUGUUCAUACGAGCCUCUUUGUUUUUGUGGAUUUCUGUGGGGAUUGUAUCUACGGCCAGUACAGCGUGCAGUGAAGAGGAUGCAGAAAAUACCACUUCAAUAAAAUUCAAACAUGUGUUCGAGAAUAUGGCCUAUGAGUUUUCUCAAAAGCCAAAGAGCUGGUAUCAAGCCCAGGAGUCCUGCAAGGAGCGAGGGGGGAAACUUCUGAUGGCCCUGAAUUGCAAGAUUAAGAGCUUCCUUGAGGACUUCUCAAAUGAGAGACACAAAGAAAAACUUACUUGGUGGGUGGCUACGGGGGUGUUAGGGCAGUACCAGGGGCCGGUGAUCGUGUAUAAUGCUACUGGAGAGAAUGGUGCUUCUACGGAGAACGGGAGUACCCCACUCCUCUGCACCUAUGUGAUGAUGGAUCCCUUUCAGCUGGUGACCUCAACCAACUGCAGUGCCUGGCGUGGCUACCUCUGCACCCUGGAUUUGAAUUUAUCUGCAAAUCCAUCAAAUAGUAUGGACAAACAGGGAGCAAGUGGCAAAUCAAGACACUGGAGAAGCCAUCAAAUUGAAGUCAACCGUAUGUCAAGGAGUCUGUCAAGCAUGGAGAAUCAGGUGACCAACAUCAACAUGCUCCUCAAGGAGGCUCAACUGGAACUGGAAAGAAUGGAAAUGGCUAUAGGAGAGCCUACAGACGCCAAUGGGAAAAAGUACCUUGAGCUUCUACUACAGGGAGCCCAGAUGCUGUUUCCAAGUAAUUUGAAAUUAGACAACACGACUGCUAGCAAUAUCAUCAGCUGCGCUGGGGGAGUCAUACUCCUCAAAAUGAAAAGAUGUGGGGCGGACAGUGACACUAAUGUGGACACGGAAAUGUUUGAUUUGGCCUUUGAGAUUUAUAAGGCAGUAAGCUUGGUGGUGACCACAGAAUCAAAUGAGCCCUUCUUCGUGAAGCACCCAACAGGCAGCAUCUACCAGAUCAGCCUCACCCCAUCACAAAUGGAUAACAAUGUUCUAGGGUCAGAGGACGAUGCAUACAUCAAGCUGCCAUCUUUCUCUGCAUUGCAUUCCUCGCUGAAAAACCACUCACUUGUUAAUGUACAGGUGACCACUUUUAUAGGCAACCCAUAUCCAUCGACUGAAAACAUCACAGGAACGGUGUGUACCCUUGUACUAAGGGAUGGAUUGGCAGAAAUCAGUGUAGAAAACUUGACAGAGCUAAUUGAGAUCAUUCUUCCACGCCCAGAUGCUCCUGUGCUCUCUGGCACGACUGUAUCCUUGGAGGAAGGGGCUCGCGUUGGGACCACUUUCAACACUACGGACCCCAACAUCACAGUCAUAUUCACCAUACAGCCCAGUGUCAAUGUGUCCCUAAAAUUGCUGCUGGGCCUGGGCUCCCCACCCAAUGACACCCACUAUAAACACAGCACCGUCCUGAGACACACAGAGGGUUAUCGGUGGCUGGUCACCCCUGAGAUGAUGGAAAAGGGAACAGGCACCUGGUAUGUGAAUGCCAGUCUGUUUAACUCAACCUGGAGCAAGGGCCUGACACUACAGAUCACCAUCUUCACUACUAAGUGCAUGUACUGGAACACUAAACAGCUGACAUGGAGCAUAGCUGGCUGCUGGGUGGGUAUACAGUCAACUCCCAGGAUGACACAUUGUCUGUGUAACCACCUGACAUCGUUUGGGAGCUCUUUCUUUGUGAUGCCCAACUACGUAGACGUGUCGCUCACAGCUCAGUACUUUGCCACAGUGAAUGAGAACUAUGUGGUGGUGGCGUUGCUCUCUGCCUUCUUUGGCCUGUACCUGGUCACUCUGCUCUGGGCCUGCUAUGCAGACAGGAGGGCCCUCACCAGGAGGAAGAUGACACUCCUGAAGGAUAACCACCCAUGUGCCAGUUAUAACUACCUACUGAAUGUCCAGACUGGCAGUCGGAGAGGGGCGGGUACCUCUGCCAAUGUUACAGUCAAGUUGUUGGGUACACAGGGGGAGAGUGAGCCCCACCACCUAAAUGACCCUGAUAAACCAGUAUUUGAGAGAAGGGGUGUGGACUUGUUCCUGGUGACCACUCCCUUUCCCCUGGGGGAGCUGACGGGCAUCCAGCUGUGCCAUGACAACUCUGGGGGGCACCCCUCCUGGUAUCUCAACAAGGUGACGAUCCAAGACCUGCAGAGAAAGAAGGUUUGGCACUUCCUGUCCUCAUCGUGGCUGAGCUCUGACAGGGGAGACGGGCUGACCAAGAAGACCCUCAACGCUGCCAAGAAAAACGAGAUCAGAAGCUUUAGAAAUAUUUUCCAGACCAGGACGUCGACAGGCUUUAGAGAUCAGCACAUCUGGGUGUCCAUCGUAGACCCUCCCUGGCGUAGCCCAUUCACCCGAGCACAGAGGGUGUCCUGCUGCAUGAGCCUCCUGCUCUGCACCAUGGCAAUCAACAUCGCCUUCUGGAAGAUCCCCAAAAAUCAGCAGUCUCCUGUCAUCUUCACCAUUGGUUCGCUGGAGGUCACUUGGGAGGAGAUCAUGGUGGGGGUGGAAAGCGGUUUGCUCAUGUUCCCCAUCAACAUCCUCAUCAUCACCAUAUUCCGUAGUAUUAAGCCACGAUUCAUCCAACCGAAGGAGAAGAACCCCGAUAUGCAGGGCCUGAAACCCCUCACUGUUACCAUGCCAACCAUUCUUAAGGACACAGAGGAGAUGGUGAAUCUGCUCUGUAAGAGCCAGAGGAACAAAGUGCCUGAGCUAGAGAAGAAGCUGGAGUCAUGCAAUGACCUUUGCUCAGCCUUGGGCAGAGUGCAAGGGGUCAUUCAGCUUAUGCAAGGGUUGAGUGAGAGUGAGCCACACUGGGUCUACUGCAGCAAGUUUGUCCUGUACUUCCUCUACCACCUGUCCAUGUGCCUGGAGCGGCUGGAUGAGAGUGCCUUCCCCACCCCAGAGGCCCAUCAACACAUCCUGAACACCGUCCACCUGCUGCAGAAGACGUCCGAGAUGGUUUUCACCAGCCACAUGGCUUACAGUCCUCCCCGUGUUGCUAGGGAGAAAAGGAAAAGCUCGAGCUGCUGGCUACCCUGGUGGUUUGUGUUUGUGGGCUGGUUCUUGCUCGUCUCCAUCAGUGUUGUGUCCACGUACUUUACCCUGAUGUAUGGCUUUGCCUAUGGGAGGGAGAAGUCCAUCCAGUGGGUUAUCUCUCUGGCCAUGUCCCUCUUCCAGAGCAUCUUCAUCCUCCAGCCUCUUAAGGUGAUUGGUAUGGCGAUCUUCUUUGCCCUCCUCCUCAAACCAGUGGCAGUAGAAGACAGUGAGGAGGUUGGACUACUUCUGAAAGAACAACAGGAGAUGUGUAAAUUGUACUCCGGUAGGGAGAUACACUGAAGAAACACAAUUUAGCUAUACACGCUGUCUCCAGAGGAUCGAUGGGUUUGGAAGACCUGAUGCCCUACAACAGACAUCCUCUGCUCUGCUGCACUGACUAUCAACGUGGCAAACUGAGAAUAUAAGUUAGAAAGCAUAGUUGUUAGGUUUUUAUUGAAUACUUGUUACUCUUAAUAAGAAAGGUACAGGGCAUAAUAUUUAUGAAUGUACUGAAAACUACUGUAUCAUUGAAAUUGUAAUAUUUAGUAAUAAGCUGAUGGUUAGAAACUUUUAUUCUUGUGGAUUGUAUGAAGUUACUCAAUGUAUGGAAUUACUCUGUUAUAUUUAUUUUAUCACAAACCGCUGAUAUAUUAUUUUACACUGUACAUUUAUAUUGACUUUUAAGUAACAUACAGUCACCUCCAAAAUCAUUGUCACCCUUGAUAAAGAUGAGCAAAAAAGACUGUAUAAAAUAAAUAAUAGAAAACCAGAGCUAUAUUGAAUGUUUUCUGAGAUUAAAUAACACAUUGGGAAUGAUCUUAGACCACUCCUCCAUACAGAAUCUUUCCAGAUCCUUUAUAUCCUUCGUCUGUAUUUAUGGACAGACCUCUUCAGUACAAACCACAGGUUUUCAAUGGGGUUCAAGUCCAGAGGCCAUUGCAAAAUGUAGAUUUUUUUUGUUGUCAAUUAAUAAUUUCUUUGUGGAUUUUAUGUGUGCUUGGGGUCAUUGUCUAGCUGGAAGAUCCACUUGUAGCCAAGUUUCAGCCUCUUGGUAGGGGCAACCAGGUUUUUGGCUAAAAUGUCCUGGUACUUGGUACAGUUCAUGUUACCGUUCAAUGUCACUAUCACCAGGAAGCAAAACUGCCUCAUAAAAUCAAAGAUCCACCACCAUAUUUUACAGUAGGCAUGGGGUUAUUUUCUGCAUUUGCAUCUCUCUUACAAAAGAAAGAUGCAUAUGGUCUUUGCUCCUGAGUGGCGCAGCGGUCUAAGGCACUGAAUCUCAGUGCUUGAGGUGUCACUACAGACACCCUGGUUUGAAUCCAGGCUGUAUCACAACCGGCUGUGAUUGGGAGUCUCAUAGGGCGGCGCACAAUUGGCCCAGCGUCGUCUGGGUUUGGCCGGUGUAGGCCGUCAUUGUAAAUAAGAAUUUGUUUCUAACUAACUUGCCAGGUUAAAUUUUUAAAAUAUUUUCAAAGCCCACUGGUGUGCGUGGCCAAAAACCUCUAUUUUCAUCUCAUCUGACCAUAGCACCUGGUUCUAAUCCAUGUGCCAUUGACGUUUAGCAAACUCCAAGUGUUUACAUUUGUUGGUUUCUCUCAAAAAAACUUUUUUUAUGGCAACCAUGACCCUUGGACUUUUCUUUUCAUCACAAACCAUCUUCAUCACUGUGAGUAUGGACAAGAUACACUUGGGUCCAAUACCAGGCAAAUUCACCAUAAUUUUAAAAAAAUCUCAGUUUAAAGAACUGUAAGUAGAAUGUUAAUGCAAAUAGAUUUUAUUGAUAAGAAUCUUUACGGGUACCAAUCGUUUUGACACCUACAGUAUUCUUUUUUUUCUCUUUUUUUCUUGGUAGCCUUUCCUGCAGUGAAACGACCUAGUGGCCUCAUGGGUGGAAUGUUAUUCAUAUUUUUCAUAAUUUCAUAAUUAAUAAACAUUAUUUGUCAAAAGCCUCUGAAAAUCCGGUGUUUCUAUGUCAAAAUGUUUUGUUAUAUUUCUGUCUUCUGUGAUGUAUAUAAACUGUAAUAUUGGGAUGCAAACUCAAAAUGUAAUACAUUUCAUCUCUAUAUCUCGCAUUUUAAGCCCAUAACCACGUGUGAGGGCCUCCUGGUGGCGCAGUGGUCUAGAGUAGCUGUGCCACCAGAGACUCUGUGUUCGUGCCCAGGCUCUGUCGCAGCCGGCCGCGACCGGGAGGUCAGUGGGGCGACGCACAAUUGGCCUGGCGUCGUCCGGGUUAGGGAGGGUUUGGCCGGUAGGGAUAUCCUUGUCUCAUCGCGCACUAGCGACUCCUGUGGCGGGCCGGGCGCAGUGCACGCUAACCAGGUCGCACGGUGUUUCCUUCCUCCGGUUCUGCUGGCUUCCGGAAUGCGCACUGUGUUAAGAAGCAGUGCGGCUUGGUUGGGUUGUGUUUCGGAGGAUGCAUGGCUUUCGACCUUCGUCUCUCCUGAGCCCGUACGGGAGUUGUAGCGAUGAGACAAAAUAGUAAUUACUAACAAUUGGAUACCACGAAAUUGGAGAGAAAAGGGGAUAAAAUCCACACAAAAAUAUAUAUAAUAAUAAAAUAACCACGUGUGUAUACUUUUGUUUCAAAGUAGAUUUGUUUAAGACUGUGUGGCCCUGAUUUAGCCCACUGCAGUAAAACGUUCAACCAAAUCUAUUUCAGCUGUAUUAAUAUAAAAUAAUAUUAUUUAAAAAAAAUCUGAGCAUACAAUAAACCUUAGUAUUUGU